AUGGUCCAACUAGUGGCUGGAUUGUUGCUCCUCCCUUUGGCCUUGGCCGCGUCCGUUGACCGCCGUCAGGCCUCGCCGAGUCUGAACACACUGAUACAGAAUGCCGGCAAGAAGUUCUGGGGCCAGUGUGCUGCUCAAGGCCGCUUGACGGAGAAUUCCCAGAAUCCGGCCAUCUAUAAAGCUGAUUUUGGACAAGUGACGCCCGAAAACAGCAUGAAAUGGGAUGCAACGGAGCCUAGCCAGGGCAGAUUUGAUUUCUCUGGGGCAGACUGGUUGGUUAACUGGGCUGUGCAAAACGGGAAGAUGAUAAGAGGUCAUAACUUAGUCUGGCAUGCCCAAAUCCCCAACUGGGUCUGUCAAAUUACUGACAAGACCGCACUCACUAAUGCCAUGACCAAUCACAUCAACACGGUCGUGAGUCGAUACAAGGGCAAGAUAUAUGCUUGGGACGUCUUGAAUGAACCGUUCAAUGAAGAUGGCAGCUUGCGCCGGGAUUGCUUCUACAACGUUAUUGGCCCUGACUACGUCAAAAUAGCCUUUCAGGCUGCCCGCGCGGCUGAUCCAAAUGCCAAACUCUAUGUGAAUGAUUACAACCUCGACUCCGCCACCUACUCGAAGACUAUAGGAGUUGUCAACCAGGUGAAGCAGUGGAUCGCGCAGGGAGUCCCAAUUGAUGGCAUUGGAUCCGAGUCACAUCUGGGGUGA